UUUUUUUUUUUAGGUUGUACAUUUUUUUAAUAGUUUUUUUUUUUAAGAUAACUAAGAUGGGCAGUGAAGAAGGGGAUAAAAUAAAUACUUCUCUAAGGAUGCAAUUCCUUUAAAACGAUACUAAAGAAUCAUGUAACCAUGGAAAAUAGAAUUUAAAAUAAAUUAUUUUUUUUUAAAUUUUAUAGUAUUUUAUUUGAUCAUUUCCAUGCAUUUUUCAUUAAAGACAAAGAUCAUUUUCUUUUCCUCCCUCCCACCCCCCGUGGCCGACGUGUGAUUCCACUGGUAUCAUACGUGUUCUUGACUUGAACCCAUUGCCAUGUUGUUAGUAUUUGCAUCAGAGUGUUCGCUCCGAGUCUUUCCUCUGUCAUGUCCCCUCAGCCAUUGUAGUCAGGCAGUUGCUUUUCCUUGGUGUUUCUAUUCCCUCAGUUUGUCCUCUGCUUUUGGAUAGUGUUUUUUUCUCCUUGAUCCCUGCAGAUUGUGCAGGGACAUUACACCACCACUAAUGGAGAAGUCCAACAUGUAAUUUCUUGCAAAAAUAAGUGAUCAUAAGUUCUAGCUAUAUAUAUGCCUGGGGAUGAGCUCUCACAUAUAAAGUGGGUAGGCUGUCCAUAUAGGUUAUAUGCAUCUAUAAGAUUUGGUCUAGAUAUUGAUUCAAGGGGAGGCAUAAUAGAUAUCUAUGAGAUCUCCCUCCACCUACUUUUCUCAGAGAGAGACUUUGAUUUCUUCAAAGAGCUGAAGUGGGACCUUAGGGUCAGAGAGGUUGGCCAUUUUCUUCUCAGAUAAAGGAUGUUAGGCCAGAGUUAUGUCUACCUACCUUCCACAAAAAUUAUUAUCCAAAGGGAAAUAAUUUUUAAGAUUCAAGCUGAGCUCCUGAUCACUAUCCCUUAAUGGAGUGCUCCAAACUCUAUUCCCCUCUCCAAAGCUUGACUGCCAUUCCCAAUAAAAGCCAGUUCCACAAUCAAUAAACAUGACAAAUAGCAUAUAAACCCAUUCAUUCAAGCCAACGGCAAACAGAAAUCAGAGAAAGCAUAUAAAUAAGAUUGUAUACCAGACAAUACACUGAGUGGAAGACCUCUUCCACUGGGAGGGAGAAAUCUCAGCUCAAACAAGGGAAAGUCCCAAAUCUUGUCCAAAGGGAAAUCCUCCAAAGUCUCUAAUGUAAUAAGCUGAGGAUAAAGACAUGAUAGAAGUGAUAACUCCCGUACAUGUAAGCUUCAUUUCAGAAACUUUCUCUUCUUCCAGGUACCUGAAGAAAGUUUGGAACCUCAAAACUUCUUGGAAGCCAGAUUAUGACUCUUUUCUCGGUCAGGCUCUCAUCAGCCACAUACUGAGUAAUCAAUUUCCACCAGCGAGGAGAAUUCUCACUUAAAUUGGUUUUGAGGCAGGAUUUUCUUGCUCUUGUUAAACUUCAGUUCUGUAUUUUAAACACAUUAGUUUUUAAAAGAGGGGAUGAUAAUCACAGUUUGUUUAGGGGAUGAGGAUGGGGGUAAAGUAACAGGUAGAGGAAACAAUUUGCAAAUUAAAUUACACGUAUGCUUUCUCUGUUCCUAAAGUCACUUCUAGCCGCAAAAUUCGGAGUCUAGUAUUACUUUAAUUUAUUAAACCCUCUACCAAUCAGAACGUCAUAGGUCCUUCCUUCCCAUGAGCCAAGACGAUUGGGGCUGGGAAGGUAGGGUGUUGAGGAUGGGCGCCGUGCAUCUUGGGAAUCGUAGUUUUGCGCUCUCGCAACUAGACUACAUACCCCACAGGGCUUCGGGUAGUCGGUUGCCUGGUGUUAGCAAGCGGGAAGUAUGGCGACAGCAGCGCGGAGCGACGGGACUUUGCCACCGGGAGAAGGUAAAAGAACUCCCCUUUCGUUUAGAGAUGCUUUCGCAAACCCCGCUUCCACUAAUCGCCUCUCCACAGAAGGAUUGGGGUGGUUCCCCAUUUUAGCGUUGUGUUUCUGUUUGUCUCUUCUCGAGCUUUCUGUUAGGCUUGGCGGCGGGGGCGGCGGGACGUGUUGCCCUCUGGGAGUUGUAGUCUUCCCGUGCCUUGGAACUCCCUCAGUUACAAGGUGAGGGCGGGAGGGACAGGACUACACCUCCCAGGGGAAUGUGUCCAGCCCCGCGCUUUGCCGCUGCUUUUUCUGUUUGUUUAGGAUUGGGGACGAGAUCUUCCCUGCCUGCGACUUGGGCUGUACUGAAUUUGGGAAAAAGCCAGAUUCGCAGUAGUAUUCUCCCUGCCCCAUGUCUCUUGUUCAUCAUCUUCCCAUAGAAGGGGGUUAAUGACUUUGAUGAGGUGUGAGUCAGGCUGGGUGCGGUGGGGUGGGAUGGGAUGCAGUGGGAACAUCACUCCCUAGGUGCAAGAGGUUGGGGUCUGGCCUUACCUGUCCGCUGGUAAAUUGGGUUUCUUAACUAGAACAUUCCUAUCGUUGCCCAGUAAGCUUACGGGGCCGACCACCUUUGUUUUGGCUGAGAUUGGAGAUUGCAGGGGUUGAGACUAUAUACCCAGCUCUUCCUGCUUGGAUCAGGGCAGUGGGAGAGGCACAAAUAUCAAGGGUUUUUCCACCGCGGGCUUUUGAGCCCUUAGAUUCCAGAUCCACUGCUUAUUCCACAGCAUCGUGGAAGCCCUUGUGAUGAGAGAGCAUCUUACAGACACCUCCCCCCCACCCCCAUUAAUCCUAACUGAGAGGUGUAGAUGACCAAAGAUUCAUCACAUUGUGGCUAGUAGGUGUGAUAAGCAGAAUUUCUCAUUAAAGACCUACUCCUUCUCCAUCUCCUGUUGCCUCCCAAAACAACAAAAACUGCCUUUGAGGCCCAUUAGCCUGGCACCUCUCUGUGCUUACUCCCCCUCCCCCCCAUUGAUUUUUCAUGUUCUCACAGAUCCCAGUGUUAGAAUAGACUAUAAACCUCACGUGUCUUCUUUGGCUGUGGUAUAAUGAGUCCUCUCAUAAUUGUCUAAUUUAUUUGUGAUCCUGACAAACAUAAUGUGUUUGCCAAUACCCUUGUGGAGAGAACAAAUUUUAUUUUUUUUCUCCCACUUUCCCCCAAAUUAACACUCUGUAGGGGACUUUUUGCCCCCUUUAGAAUGCGUUAAUGGCAGACAUUGGCAUAACUGCUGUGACUGACUUGCAUAGAUAGAGCUAUAGAAAGCUAUAAUUUGUAUGAAUUUGAAACUGUGGUUUUAGCCUUUUCCAACUCAAGUCUCUUGCUUAUGUCUAGAAAAACAACCAUGCAAAAUUUAGAAAAAAACUUGGUCAAAGCCAUUUCAUUCCAUCAUUUAAUCCCUAUCUUUAGAGUUGACAGAAAAUAUCUUCACAUACCUCUAACUCCCAGCACCCUUGCUUAAAUAUCCCUAGAGAAGUAAUAGAAGGUAGAAUAAGCUCUUUCCUUUAAACCUGAAUAUUGUCAAGAGGUUGAAGAGUGGAAGAAUGUCACAUAGGAGAAAAACAGCUGUAUACUUGAAGUUAAAAAUCAACAAAAUUGAGGCUAUUUUUGAAAGGGGAAAACAAUGCCUGGAGUGAAAAGUGACUGUUUUCUUAGGAUAAAGUAGAGCCACAGAAGUGAUUAGGUGAGGAAUUAUCUAGUAAAAGUCAGAGGAAGAAAAGUUGUGGUGUAAGUGCUCUAGAGUACUGAGUUAAGCUAUUUAUCCACUAGCAAUCUGAUAACAAGAAGUCUCUUGUCUUCUUGGGGAAUGUAUCCAAAAUAUACAAGGAACCUUCUAAAUCUUAUUAAAAUGGAUGAUCAUUGUGUAGUCAGGGUGAUAUAUGUGGGUACAAAUGGCACUCUGAGAAGGACCCUAGAAAUAUUGUUAAUGUUAUAAAACCAUGGGUUAAACGGGGACACAUGUUUUCCUCAUUGUUGCCCUUGAUGGGCAAACACUGUAUCAGAAAAGAAAAUUUGAUUUGGAAAGGUAACAGCUAGUGAAGAAGGUGCUUUCUGAGAAUGGGAUCUAAAAUGGCUUUUAGAUCAUUGCUUAAGAUGAAGGGAUGACUCACUACUGGCCAGGGAUGGAAUGGACCAAACAAAGGAUGGUAACAAUUUCUUAGGUGCAGUGGUGGAUUGGUCAGGUCAGGGCUUACAGAAAUUAAGUCCAAAUUUGGCCUGCGAUGCUGAUACACAUACUUUGAUUCUUGAUAAAAACCAGAUUAUUAAGCUGGAAAAUCUUGAGAAAUGCAGAAGACUAGUACAGUUAUCAGUUGCUAAUAAUCGACUGGUUCGGAUGAUGGGUGUGGCCAAGUUGACUCAGCUUCGAGUGCUGAACCUGCCUCAUAAUAGUAUUGGCUAUGUGGAGGGGCUAAAGGAGCUACUAUACUUGGAAUGGCUGAAUUUGGCAGGAAAUAAUCUGAAGGCUAUAGACCAGAUCAGUAACUGCACAGCUCUACAACACCUUGAUUUAUCAGACAAUAACAUAUCCCAAAUAGGUGAUAUUUCUAAACUCAUGUCUCUUAAGACUCUCCUGCUACAUGGAAAUAUCAUCACCUCUCUUAGAAUGGCUCCUGCUUGUCUGCCUCGAAGCCUUGCUAUCCUUUCCCUGGCAGAGAAUGAAAUACGAGAUCUAAAUGAGAUUUCUUUCUUGGCAUCCCUUUCUGAGUUGGAACAAUUAUCCAUCAUGAAUAAUCCCUGUGUGAUGGCCACACCUUCCAUUCCAGGCUUUGACUAUCGGCCAUACAUUGUCAGCUGGUGUUUAAAUCUCAAAGUCCUAGAUGGAUAUGUGAUUUCUCAAAAGGAAAGUUUGAAAGCUGAGUGGCUUUACAGCCAGGGCAAGGGAAGAUCAUACCGACCUGGUCAGCACAUCCAGCUGGUCCAGUAUCUGGCAACUGUUUGUCCUCUUACUUCUACUCUGGGCCUUCAAACUGCAGAGGAUGCCAAACUAGAGAAGAUACUGAGCAAACAGAGGCUUCACCAGAGACAAUUGAUGUGUCAAAAGCAAAAUGAAGAAUCUUCAUCUUCAGCUGCUAGUGAAACUGAGGUAGCCAUUGCACCUGAGGCCUCAGAUCCAACUUCAGGGUGCCAAAUAAGCCUGGAAAAUGAACCUGUCAUUCAAGUAAAUUCUUGGGUUGGGACAAGUGCCCAUGAGGAUCACUUAUAUGCUAUUAAAAGCAACUUGUCAGCCUCAGUACAGACUGCAAGGUUUUCUCGAAAUGACCUACAUUUAGAGGACAUACAGACAGAUGAAGACAAGCUGAACUGUAGUCUUCUUUCCUCAGAGUCUACUUUUAUGCCUGUUGCCUCAGGAUUGUCCCCAGUAUCUCCUACUAUUGAACUGAGAUUGGAUCUGGAAGAUGAUGGCACUGUGAUUGAAUCUCUGAAAGAAAUGAAAAAACCGGAUGUCGAUAAAGAAGUAGAAAAGGCUUUGUGGGUUUCAAAAGAGAGUUCAGUUAAACCAGAAAAUAGUGAGGGGAACCCAGAGACCGAUGGCAGAGAUGGAAUAUUGCUGCGCCCUGAGCCGGCCAUGGCAAGUGAAGUCUCGAGGGACUGCAUUAGUCACUCCCCCAUGGCCUUUGCUGGGCCGGGGGGAUUCAGGCUUUCUAGCACACAGCUUAUUAAUCAAGACACAUUGUCUCAAAUCAUUUCAGAAAAACUUCCCCACAGGCUUUUACCUGAGGGAUCUGUUGCUGUGGACAAAGAUUCUGCCACACUUCGAAGAAUGAAUGACGCUGCCACCAAGCUCCAGGCUUGCUGGAGGGGAUUUUAUAUCAGGAACCACCACCCCCGAGCCAAAGAAGUGCGCUAUGAAAUCCGACUGAGGAGGAUGCAAGAGCACAUUGUUUGUUUAACGGAUGAAAUGAGAAGAUUGAAAAAAGAAAGAGAUGAAGAGCAUAUUCAAAAGCUGGUACAGGAAGAGGCUGUCAGAUUUCUUUGGAACCAGGUGAGAUCGCUACAAGACUGGCAGCAGACGGUGAACCAGCACCUCCGCUCUGCCUGGCAGCCUAGUGCUCCCGCAUCAAGUACCCUGUUGUCUUCCCAGUCUUCUCCCUCCUUUAUCUCAAGUCAGGAGCCUUCUUCAGCCUGUGCCUCGGACUGGUUUGUUUCAGAUGCUGAAGCUGCUCAUGACAAAGUCCUGAUCGAAUUCCCAGACUCCGGCUUUCACUCUUCCCUCACAGAACAAGUUCACUUACAGUUUUCAUUUGAUUCUGAAAAGAGUUCCGUGGGAGGCAGUGAGAGUUCUUUAAUGGGCAAUUCCAUAGAAACCGUGAGACAUUUCAGAGAAUCAGAUACAGGCAAUGCCAGUGAAGAGUACAACGAGUGUAAUAAAGAGAACUCGAAUACAGCGAGCUCUAAUAAUGAGCAGGAUAACAGUCUUCUUGAGCAGUAUUUAAAUUCAGUUCAGCAGCUAGAAGAUGCUAAUGAGAUGAUCGGUCUGGACGGUGGCAUAGAAGACAGAGACCUUCAAGGUACUUCGGCUCCAUGUUCCUAUGCCUUGUCUGACUCUGCUAUUGCUGCGGAUGUAGCUGAUGACAAAGUUACUCCUUUGCAAGAAGAAACCAGUCAGACCCUGGAGACUUGUAAAUCAAAUGCAGACGUUCAAAGUCAUCAGUCAGAGUGUGACUCUGCAUUUCAGGUGCUGCCUGUUGGUAUUGCUGUGUAGGGUGCCCAGUGCCAUGGAAAACGGAGAAAUUAUUUAAUUCUUUCUAAUUUUCAGUUGUACUUAUAUUUUAUUUCAGGCGUGUGUGUGUUUUUUGUUGUUUUUUUUUAAAAAAAACAACUUCAUAAUUUAUAUAGAAUUUAUAUUCUCAACUCUUAUUUUUCAGAUUUCAAAUAUUGCAUUGAGGCUUCAUUUUGACAGCAUUUUGCUAAUCUUGUAUAUUCAAAUAUUGAGCUAUAUGAUACUGAAAAAUAUUUUUACCGAAAGUUGUAUGCACUUUAUUUCUUAGCAAUUGAACUGUAUCAAAAUAGCUUUUUCUUCUUUGAAAUGUACUAUUAUGAUUUCCUCCAAAGAGAAUUAAACUAAAGCAUCUUUGAAUUUAGGAAAUUUUAUCUAAAUGGUUUUUGCAUUAUUUUAGAAAACUGUUCUUUUUUGUUAAAGGGGAAAAUAAUUAAUAUAAUACAUUUUAUCGAAAAAGAAAUCAAAUAAAAUGAAGCAGUAUGUACAGAACAGUGAGGUGUUGGAAAGGAAACAAGAUGGCUGCCUCACCUCCUGACGUGGCAAGAGGAUUCCAGCCUUGCUUUAGUUUUCACUGUUUGAGUCAGGGAAAAACCUUUGCCCAAAUCCAGUGGGACACAGUGAAGCUAUGGAAUUUCUUCAGUAAAGAUGAUUAAUUGCCUUAAGAAGUAUCUUUAGUGAAGAGCAAAAUAUCCUUAAGAGCAUGAUCUUCAACAGCAAAGUGUUUCAUCUAGCCCUGAAGUGCAGAUGACUUAAGGAAGCAAUAAUUGAAACAAUCCUCUCAGAUGGGAGGAAGCAAGCAAGCACAAAGAUCAAUGAGUCUGCUAAUGAUACCACUGUAUGUGUUCUUGUUCUUCACUUUAAAAACCUACCAGAAUGAGGUGUAUUUUUAUUAACCACUCUUGACUUGUUUCCCAGCUACAUACCUUUAUCAAUGUUUUAAAUAAUGGCUCCCAUUUAUAUGGCACUUUACAAUGCACUUUCUUUACAUUUGCUGUGCUUUUUUAUUUUAUUUUAUUUUUAUCCUCAGCAUAGUGCCUUGCAUGUAGUAGGGAGUUAGUAAAUCCUGUUUGGGUUUGGAGAUAGCAGAAAUAUAUUAAAGUCAUUUUAUUUUGUUUCGUUUGUAAGUACUUGAUUAAUACUUUUUAUUAUCACUAUCACUUCCUGUUUGACAACCUUCCCCUCCCCCCCAAAACAAACAAGUUGGUUGGUUGGCUAUUCUUCAUACUCCAAGAGGACCAAAAUGGCAUCACUACAUUGGGGCAAUGUACAGUAUGUGUAAGUAUGACCAAUCAGACCGAUACGAGCUUGGAGGGCUCUACCACACUCAGGCACAAAUAGUUCCCAGGAUUAGAUGUCCUGCCAAAUCAACACCUUAGCCAUGGCUGAGAAUGAAGGCUUCACAUUCAUCACUUAUGCUUCUUUGAGAUGCAUGAAUUCCUCUUCACAUUUGGUCCUCUAAAAUCCUGCUUAGUCGAUUCCGUACAUUUAUGAGAAUUUUGAAGUCUUUCAAAUGACAUUCACUUUAUAGAUAAACCUUUUGGUGAAAUCUGUUUUCUUUAGUGAUUUACCCACCCAGGGUCACAUAUCUAGUAGGUAUAAGAGCUGGGACCCAAACCUAGGUAUUCUGACUCCAAAUAUUUCCUUUUCCCAUUACCCUGUACUGCUUCAUCUCCACUUAAAUAGGGAAUGUUUUCCUUCUUCUUUGAGAGGAAUGGGGAGAAGGAAGGAAUUAGUACUCAGAUUUGGUUAUGGACGUUGAAGCCCAUACACACUUCUCUUUUUAAUUUUGCUCUUUGGUAAGGCAUAUACAGACUUGAAGAUACAUACUAAUUGAAGAACUUGAGCUAACUUUUUUUUAGGGAAAUAUUUCCCACUUAAAGCUCUAAAAAAAUGCCACAUUUUGGAGAAUAAUUAAUGGUCAUUAAGAUGGGAAAACCCAUCUUUUGCCAUUUGUUUGGUUAAAAAGUUUUCCAAAUGCACAAAGAAAAUAUUUUCUUUUGAAUGUCACAAAAAAAAAUCCAUAAAUAAGAACAAGGAUAUUCUAACUUUUGGGAAAUGUUUUAACUGUUUGAAAGUUCAUUAAAAAAAUGUUCUAAUAUCUUUUUACCACAAGGACAUUUAAUAAUGAUUUAUUAAACCUUGACUACCGUAUAAGAUCCUAGGGAUACCAAAGCCAAAAAUGAAGCAAUUUCCAUUUUCACUCUCAAGUUUAUAUUCUGUUGGGAGAUUUAAUGUACCCAGGUAAAUAAAUAUAAAACAUGUAAAAAUAAUUUCAAGAGGAAGGGAGUACUAAUAACCAUGAAGGAUAGCAAGGACCUCACAUUGUAGGAGGCACCUAAAUUGUGCUAGAGAUUAUAAUUCCUAUUCAGAUUCCUAGGACUACAACCAUUUAGAACUUUGACAUUACUAAGAUAUUCCAAGACUUAAAUUAGAAGUUAAAGACCUAUUACUGGUCAUUCCCUGUAACUCACUGGGAAUCCAUUCUCUAAAAUUAUGUAAAAUAAAUCUUCCAGAACGUAGCUAACCUAAUAUUUAUGCUGGAAUUAUUUUUUGUGUGUUUGUGAAUAAUUAGAACUCAGGUUAAGAAUUCUCUGGAUCCAGACAGAUUGUUUUGAUAAGGAAAUUUUCUAUCUGCUUUCUUUGGCUCAAAUCCUAAAGUGAACAUUGUCGUGAAAUGUUUGUAGUUGUUAAGUGGGUAUAUUAUGUAGAUGUUUUUCCCCAUUUUGUGCAACAUGUCUUAUUGGUUACAUGUUCAACAAUAAUUGAAAUGUUUUUGGGCUUUGGAUAAUGCAAAUUUUCUUUUAUGGAUCAUUUUACCUUUAUUCUUAAAUGCACCCUAUUUUUCUAUUUUUACAAUGAAGUGCCUAAUUUUCCACUAGGAGUUAAAGAAAAACCACCCUUUGUUGCCCUAGUGCCAAAGUCUUACUUCUCAUUAUAUUAAAAAUAUCCAUAAAAGCUGCUAAAAUUUCCUACUUCGGUAUUAUGUAAUUAGACAUUAGCUUGUUCACAGCUUUUUCUUUUUCUUUUUGCUAAGCUCAUUCAUACACUAAUAUUUACCUAAAUUAUUUUUUUCUUUUGAUAUGUGAAUUUCAUUUCAUAAAACUAGCCUUCAAAGGAAUUUAAUUUGAUGAAGAUUUAGCAAAAUGCCACAUCAACUUAAUAAUUUCAUCUCUUACAAGUACUAAAGUUUAGGAGUACAAGAAUAUUAAGACAUCCCUUCCACUUUCCCCUAUGGAUCUUUACUUUUUAUCUAGCAUGUAGGUGAAAUUAAAAAAAAUUUAAAGUUAGAAUGUAGGAAGUGGCUGGACCAGACUUAAUAUAUAAAUCUAAGGGGCUUAUAAUAGUUAAAAAACUAACAUAUAUAAAAUGUUUGCUUCAAUAGUCACAGAGUAUAAUAGGUUGGUUGGGUUAAGAGGCUAAUGUAGUUAAGGCUUGGUAGCUGGCAGAAAGGGAUGUUAUGGAAACUUAUUCUUUGACUUUAGUGACCUUGUUUUAAAGCAUUUUAGCCACGGGUUAGGGGCAAUACAACAAUGUUGCUUCACUUGACUGAGCUUUUGAAAUUUGGUUAAAUUUUUUGAAAUGAAAAAUUUGUAUUUUACAGCAGUGAGUAGAUAAUAGGUUUCCCUGUAUUUUUCUCUCUGUGUUUGAAAACAGUUCUAUCAUUGAAGAUAGAGUAGUCAUUAAAAAAACAAAAAGAGGACUCUGAUUUUUUUUCUAAAAAGCAUAGUUAUAUUAAUUAUGUAUGAUAAAAAAGAAUGGAAACUAUGUAAAAAGUUUAGCAAAGGGUCCUUUCUUCCACAUAUCAAGAUCGAUCAUUUCAUCAGCAUGAAUAAGAUAUCCUAUCAUCUGAGAUGUCUCCAUAUCUUAGUAAAUAGUUUCACAAAUUUUUGAAGCCAAAAAAAAAAUCCUUGGAUGGUCAUCUAUAUUAGUCCUUAGGUCAUGUAUAUUGUUAGACCUGUAUUAGAAACUUUUCUAGCUUGAGCUUAUGGCCUAGACUUUGAGAAUCCAGGGUCAUCUUGAUACUAUGAUGAAAUAUAAUCAUAAUUUGAGCAAGGAACAUUAUCUGAUAAUGUAAGUGACAUGUUGCUGAUCAAUAUAAAGUGUUUCUAGUGAAAUCUGAAUUUCAUCACUUUAAACCCCAAGGUUUACUGAACCAACUAGACGUGAAAAUUCAAACUUUACUAAUUACAAAAAGCACUUGUUAGGCUAGUCUAUAUAUGUGUGUUUAUAUAUAUAUAAUAUUCUAGUUUGGUUUUAUAUAUUUGUUUGUAAAAAGCCCUCAUAACAUGCAUGUUAUUGAAAAAAAAUGUAAAUUGAUGGCAAAGGUAUUUUUGUGAAUGUUCAGAUAGCUUCCCCCCCUUCCCCAAUAAGGUGGAUGCCAUUGAUCUUGUAAAUUGUAUCUUGAAGUGGGGUUUGUGUUGUGUGUGGGGUAUUUUUGUUAAAAUAACAAAAACAAAAACAAAACCCUUUGUAAUGGUGUGUUUCUAUGUAUCUAAGUCUUAUUCCCAAUCUUUCAGUGUUUUUAGGAACUGGACUUAAGCAAUUGUUUAAUUUUUCGUGGUCCAUUCUGAUAAUUUUGUAUAGUUGUAUUAAAUACCACAGUGCUUUCAGUUCAAGAUAGUCAAGAAGAAGAGGAGCUGUAUCAUCUAAAAAAUGAAAUACUGUAACUGUAGUGAAAUGGAUACAGUAUGAAAAUACAGCAGAAUAUAUUCCCAGGAAAUGGAUACUAUAUGAAAAUAAAACAUGGAAAAAGAUUAGCAACAUAUUGAUAAACCAAGUGAUUUGCUUCUUUAAUGUAAGGUUUUUUUGUUCAUCUGUUUUGAUGAGUUGAGAUAAAUUUGUUAUACUGUGCUCCCUCCUCACAGUCGCUUCUUGUUAAAGUUUAUGACUACUUGGAAUUAAAGAGAAAUUUUAGUCAAAAAACACAUUAAUAGAAGUUUGUUUUCCAAGAUGGAAACUUUUGUGCCAUAUUAAAAUUUCAUAAACAAAAUAUAUCACAGUAAAAAAUAAAUAAAUGACAGUCUUGGACAGUAUCCCUCUAUUUAAUUGUAUUUUUUAAAAAAUGAGGUGCUUUUUAUUCUUGUAUAACAUUCUGAAUCUUAUUCGCUCCAUUGUUUGUAGUAGAUGGUGGAAUCAUUCUCUGGUGGCUUUGUUAAUCUUACAGUUCCAUUUCUUUGUUUUUGAAGGGAGAAGUAGUGUUUAUGUAUAUAAUAUGAGUUUUAAAAAUUAACUUGAUUGUGGUUUAUAUCAGAUUUCUCUCUAAAGUUUGUAGAAAAUAUGUGGUUAAAGUGAUUAUACUGUAUGUAUUUUUUAUGACUGCUGACUUUUAAAAUUAUGCUUGUUUAGUUUGUAUUUCUGAGGUUCUAACUUUAAAUUAAUUAUUUGUAUCUUUGCUUCAGUCCUUAAUCUAUUUUUUUAAACUAGUAGUAAUGGUUCUUAUUCAUGAUUUUAAUGAUUAAAGGACAUAUAUUAUACAAAACAAA